AUGGAGCGGUUACGGUGGCAGGUGGCGGCCGUGGCGACCUUGGGUCUCGCGCUGGCCCUGGAGGCGCUGCCCUCCGUGCUGCACUGGCUGCGGGCCGGGCGCCGGCAACAGCGGCGGAGGCCGCCGCGGCGCGAGGUGCUCUUUUUCCCGUCGCAGGUGACCUGCACCGAGGCCCUGCUGCAGGCCCCGGGUGAGGGGCCGUCGGGGCCCCCAGCGGGCUGCCUGUGCAGCCUCCCCCACGGCGAGAGCUCGCUCAGCCGCCUGCUGCGCGCCCUGUUGGCCGCCCGCGCCAGCCUCGAGCUCUGCCUCUUUGCCUUCUCCAGCCCGCAGCUGGGCCGUGCGGUGCAGCUACUGCACCAGCGCGGGGUGCGCGUCCGGGUCAUCACCGACUGCGACUACAUGGCUCUCAACGGCUCGCAGAUCGGCCUGCUCCGAAAGGCAGGCAUCCAGGUGCGGCACGACCAGGACCUCGGCUACAUGCAUCACAAGUUUGCCAUCGUGGACAAGAAGGUGCUGAUCACCGGCUCGCUCAACUGGACCACACAGGCCAUUCAGAACAACAGAGAAAACGUUUUGAUUAUGGAGGAUGAGGAGUACGUGAGGCUUUUUCUGGAAGAAUUUGAGCGUAUUUGGGAAGAGUUCAAUCCUACGAGGUACACCUUUUUCCCACAGAAGAAGCAGAGUCACUGAAGUGUGCUCUCUCCUCCAUCUGCGGCGGGAGGGAGAGUGGUGUCCAGUAUCACGACUUUUGGUACCCGGAGUCAUAAGCAGACCCAAGGCUACAAAGAGCGGGGCUCAGACCGGCCUGGGCCGCGUGCACAGCGACAGAAACCUCAGAAAACGGCUGUGCGCACUCGGUUCUCGCUUGGCGCGGCACGAAAGCGAACUUCCCUGCAGCACCGAGCCGCUGUUUCGGGCCAGCUUGUUUCCCGCCGCAGGCCCCGCCGGGCAUGGGCUCCCAAACGCCUGCCGCUUCUCCCCGUGGCCCGGCCGCUGCCGUCAGCACCGCUGGCCCCUGGCGUUGGCCAGAGGCGGCAGGCCCCUCAUGUCUGCUCUGACCAGCUCCUCGGGGGCUGA